GUUAAUGGAACAGUUCUGGAGUGCUGGCUAAACACUCCAAUGGUACUGUUGGACUAAUUUGGAGAAUCAGAGUGGCUAUAGGGAACAGUCCAUUACAGUGUCAAUUUGUGCAAAAGUUUUGGUCUGGGUGGAAAGGGUUAAAUACCCCCUCCUAGAGGGCCAGUUCCCCAACCAAAUGAUAGAAGAUCUCCUUAUGCAUACAUGGCUGGCCAUACAUGGAGCAGCUUAGCAAUUUCUCUUCUGAAUAACUGGAAGCAGGGCACAGACCCAACAUCCAUUUUUCAUACCAGGGUUCAGCUCUGGAAAUAAAAAUCAAAACAAGUGCUUCUCUGGGCAUGGACAAAGGGCAUAUUUUUCAUUGCCAAAACGCACCCUAUAUCUAGCAUUUGAACAGGGCAGGGAGAAAGAGCACCGGUUUCUGCUGGCCCAAAGAGCCUACAAAAGAGGCUGAGGCUCCAAAAGUCUAGAAUGCCACUUUCAGAGUACGAGGUCCCCAAAGCUCCUUCUCCAUGCAUGUGGUUUUGAAUGGGAGGAAGUUUUGAGGCCUGCCUCUUUUGCUCCUGGGGAAGGCAACAGCCUCCGCCCCCUCCUUCUAGUCUGGGUCCAACGCUGAAAUCUGAUUUACUAGCACUGUCUUAGAGGAAGAGAAAGGCUCAGUGCUCUGACUGGGUGGGAGGGGCAGAGAGGAAAACAAGUUUGUUUUUGCUUGCAUCCUGAUGUCUGAGCCAUGGCUGCUCUCGGCCCCAGUGAGAGGUUUCAGGAGGAAGCAACUUGCUCCAUUUGCCUGGACUUCUUCACAGAUCCUGUCAUGCUAGACUGUGGGCACAAUUUCUGCCGAGGCUGCAUUUCCCAAUACUGGGGACCAUUAUCCGCAGUCACUGUCUGUCCUCAGUGCCGAGAGAGAGUUCAGGCAAACUUGAAGGCAAACAGGCAGCUGGCCAGUGUGAUUGAAGUAGCCAAAGAGCUGAGUGUGCAGACGAAGCAGGAAGCCGGAGCGGGGAGAGUCUGCGAGAGGCACCAGGAGCCCCUGAAGCUCUUCUGCCAGGAGGAUGAAGCCCCCAUCUGCGUGGUGUGCAACUUAUCCAAGGAGCACCGAGCUCACACUGUGGUUCCCCUGGAGGAGGCUGCCCAGGAAUACAAGAAUCAGAUCUGCACCUAUCUGGAGAGGCUGAGGAAGGAGAGAGAAGAAAUUCUCACAUAUAAAGCAGACACAGAGAAGGAAAGCCAAGGCUUCCUUAAGCAAACAGAAGCCGAGAAGCAGAAGAUGGUGGUUGAAUUCAGACAGUUACACCAGCUUCUGGAAGAACAGGAGAAACAUCUGCUGGUUAAGAUAGAAGAGGUGGAGAAGGAGAUUGCAAGAAACAUGGACAAGCAGAUGGCUGAACUGUCAAAGGAGCUCUCCUCUCUUGAAAAUGUUAUCCAGGAGAUGGAGCAAAAAUGUCAGCAGUCAGCGAGUGAACUUCUGCAGGAUGUUAGAAGCACCUUGCAGAGGUGUGAGAAGAAAAAGGUGUUUGAGAAUCCUGUGACUUUUCCUCCUGCUCAGAUGUGGAGAAUCCGGGAUUUGUUUGAUAGUAAACCCUUCCUGAAGGGUAUCAUGAGGCAAUUCGGAGACGAUUUGGUAUCUGAAUUUCAGCUGCAGAAAGCUAAUGUCACUCUGGAUCCAUUGACAGCUCAUCCCCAACUCAUCCUUGCUGAAGAUCAUAAAAGCGUGAGAAAGGGAAAGAAAUUGCAAAAUCUGCCCAACAAUCCUGAGAGAUUCAGCAAUGGCUGUGUUGUGCUGGGAUGUGAGGGAUUCACAGCAGGGAGACAUUGCUGGGAAGUUAGUAUGGGAAGUGGCGGAAACUGGGCUGUGGGUGUUGCAAGGAAGUCUGUGAAGAGAAAAGACCGUUUCAGAUGGGGUCCCAAGGAAGGGAUCUGGGCUGUGAUGAAGUGUGGUCAUGUGUUCCAAGCACUCGCUUCCCCUGAUGACAUUCCUCUGCACCUGAGUGGGGAGCCUCAGAGGCUCCGAGUGACUCUAAACUAUGCUGAGGGGCAGGUGGCCUUUUUUGAUGCCGACUCAGCAGCCCCCAUCUACGCCUUCUCAGAAUCUUCAUUCCGAGGACAGACCCUUCUCCCUUUCUUUUGGGUGGGUUGGAGAACAACCCUGACAGUCUCCCCCCGAGGAAGCGGAAGAGUGGAGACAGAUGAAUAUUAAGCUACAGAAAUUGCAAGUCAUGUAAAUAUAUCUAGUUGGUUUUUUGUUUUUUGGUUACACUA